AUGACCGUUCAAAUUCAGCCCGAGAUUGUUUUAUACGACCUAGCCUGCACCAAGAAUGUCUGCUUCUCUCCGGUUGUCUGGCGCAUACGCCUCAUGCUUAACUAUAAGCGAAUUCCUUACAGAACUGUCUUCCUUGAGUUUCCGGACAUUGAGCCAACUCUGAAAGCGCUCGGCCUUGUCCCUGGCGAAACCCAUUCGGGAUCCAAAUACAAAUAUACGGUUCCCGUCAUUCACCAUAUAGUAAGCGACAUGUACGUCAUGGAAUCCGCCCUGAUUGCACAGUUCCUCGAAUCAACCUAUCCAGACUUGCCGGUACUGCUGACGUCGGAAUUGGGCCGCGAAAUCGAGGCUCAAUCACGCCAUGUGGUCGGCCCGAUCUUCUUCAAAUCCGUGAUGCCGCGCAAGAUGGGCAUCCUAUCGCCGCGCGCGCAAAAGUACUUCCGACGUACGCGCGAGGCAUCGCUCGGGCACAGGCUUGAGGACCAGCUUGCCGACGAGGAGCAGAGCUGGAAUGCGCUAGCCGACGGUAUGCGCGCCGUGGGCGAGUUGAUGCAGUCACACAAGGCCGACGGUCCAUUUGUGCUGGGUGCCCAGCCGACCUACACUGACUUCUUUAUUGCUGGGUCACUCCAAUCUGCGAGGGUGGUUCAUGAGAGUGUGUUCCAGAGGUUUUCCGUGUACCCUGGUUAUAAGGAGAUUUAUGAAGCAUGCCUGCCGUAUAUGGAGAAGAAGGAUUGA